AUGAUUUGGAAUUGCAAGGCGUAUCCGAAGAUCCGAGCAUUUCUUUGGAGAACAUGCGCUCAAGGCUUAGCAUCAGGUGAUAACUUGGCUAGAAGGCAGAUUCCUAUUGACUCCAGCUGCAGGCGAUGUGGUCAUGCUUUUGAGACCUCCGACCACAUCCUCCUUGAUUGCCCCUUCACCAGAGCCACGUGGUUUGGCAGCAAUCUUUCCUUCAUCGUCCCCUCUGAUGAGCUUCCGAUGCUUGCUAGUGUCCUCAAGACUUGGGAUCAAAUUAGAUUUCCAAGCAAGAAGGGAAAAGCUGAAGUCUUGAGUCUCUUUGCCUUCAUCUGCUGGCAUCUCUGGUUAGCUUGCAAUGAUCUCGUCUUCAACCAAAGAGUGAGGUCUCCUAUUGAAGUCUUUAAUAGAGCCCAUCAGGCCCAUUUUAGAAUUCUACAACGGGAGUCAUCAUCAUUCUCAGCCGACAGUCCCCCUCUUGGUUAUCUCAAGCUCAAUUGCGAUGCCUCCUACAUUCCCUCAUCAGGUUCUGGAGGGUUUGGAAUUGUCAUUCGUAAUCAUGAGGGUGCCCCAAUCAUGGCCUAUUCUGAGCCGUUUAAGGCUUCAAGUUCGCUGAUGGCUGAAGCUUUAGCAUUACGUGCCGGGAUGUGUGCAAUUUUGGAUGCUAACCUCGUGGUGUUCUUGUGGAAUCAGACUGCUCAAAGUUGGUUUCCUAGCUAA